CUGCAGAUGGGAACGCUGGACUGCUGGCCGAGCCACAGAUUGCCAUGUUCUGCGGCAAACUCAACAUGCACAUGAAUGUUCAGAAUGGGAAGUGGGAGACUGAUCCUUCAGGCACAAAGCGUUGUAUUGGGACCAAGGAAGGCAUCCUGCAGUACUGUCAGGAGGUUUACCCAGAGUUGCAGAUAACCAAUGUGGUGGAAGCCAAUCAACCUGUCACCAUCAAUAACUGGUGCAAGAGGGGGCGCAAACAGUGCAAAAACCACAAUCACAUUGUUGUUCCAUACAGGUGUUUGGUCGGGGAAUUUGUGAGCGACGCUCUUCUGGUUCCUGACAAAUGCCGUUUCCUUCACCAGGAGAAGAUGGAUAUCUGUGAGACGCAUCUGCACUGGCACACUGUUGCCAAAGAGUCUUGCAGUGAGAGGAGCAUGAGCCUCCAUGACUACGGCAUGCUGCUGCCCUGCGGCAUUGACAAGUUCCGGGGCGUGGAGUUUGUCUGCUGUCCUGCCGCCGACGAAAAUGACAACUUUGACUCAGCCGACACUGAAGACGAUUCUGACGUCUGGUGGGGUGGCGCCGACACGGACUAUGCCGACAGAAGUGACGACAAAGCCCUUCAAGGACGUCAAGAAGAGGAGGAAGAGGUUGUAGAAGUGGAGGAAGAAGAGGUUGAUGAUGAUGAAGAUGAUGGAGAAGAUAUGGAAGAGGAACCUGAAGAACCCUUUGAGGAAGCCACCGAGAGGACUACAAGCAUCGCCACAACCACUACCACAACUACAGAAUCCGUGGAAGAAGUUGUCAGAGAGGUGUGCUCUGAGGAAGCUGAGACUGGCCCCUGCCGAGCCAUGAUCACCCGCUGGUUCUAUGAUGUCACUGAAAGGAAAUGCGUACAGUUCAUUUAUGGAGGCUGUGGCGGGAACCGGAACAACUUUGAUUCGGAGGAAUACUGCAUGGCAGUCUGUGGCAACGUCAUUCCCACCACCGCUGCUAGCACCCCUGAUGCUGUCGACAAGUACCUAGAAAACCCGAAUGAUGAGAAUGAGCACGAUCGAUUCCAGAAAGCCAAGGAGCGCCUUGAAGGCAAACACCGGGAGAGAAUGUCCGAGGUCAUGAAGGAAUGGGAGGAGGCCGAACGUCAAGCAAAAAAUCUUCCAAAAGCUGACAAGAAGGCGGUGAUAGAGCGUUUCCAGGAGAAGGUGGAAUCACUGGAACAAGAGGCAGCCAACGAAAGGCAGAAGCUGGUUGAGACUCACAUGGUGCGUGUGGAGGCCAUACUGAAUGAUCGGCGACGAGUUGCCUUGGAGAAUUACAUCACAGCGCUACAAUCUGAUCCACCAAGGCCCCGCCAUGUUCUUAAUAUGCUGAAGAAGUACGUACGUGCCGAGCAGAAGGACAGACAACACACCCUCAAACACUUUGAGCAUGUCCGUAUGGUAGAUCCCAAGAAGGCUGCUCAGAUUCGAUCUCAGGUGAUGACCCAUCUCCGUGUGAUUAAUGAGAGAAUGAACCAGAGCUUCUCCCUCCUGUACAAAGUACCUGCAGUGGCCGAGGAGAUCCAGGAUGAAGUUGAUGAACUGUUCCAAAAGGAGCAGAACUAUUCCGAUGAUGUGUUGUCCAACAUGGUCAGCGAACCCAGGAUCAGCUACGGCGAUGACGCCCUUAUGCCCUCCCUGAUGGAGACUAAGACAACGGUGGAUGGAGACUUCAAUUCAGAUGUCAUUCAGUCCCGGCAUUCAUUUGGUGUGGAUACUGUCCCUGCAAACACUGAGAAUGAAGUUGAACCAGUUGAUGCUCGCCCUGCCGCAGAUAGAGGACUCACUACGCGACCAGGAUCAGGCCUCACCAACAUUAAGACUGAAGAAAUUUCUGAAAUGAAGGUGGAUGCUGGCUAUGAGGUUCACCACCAGAAACUGGUAUUCUUUGCUGAAGAAGUCGGCUCUAACAAGGGGGCAAUUAUCGGACUAAUGGUUGGUGGAGUCGUCAUAGCAACAGUUAUAGUAAUCACCUUGGUGAUGCUGAAGAAGAAGCAGUAUACAUCUAUCCAUCACGGUGUAGUAGAGGUUGACGCCGCAGUGACGCCUGAGGAACGUCACUUGACCAAGAUGCAGCAAAACGGCUACGAGAACCCCACAUACAAGUUCUUCGAACAGAUGCAGAAUUAGGAACACCACAGCAGCCUCUCUUCUCGGACAGCAAAUGAUUGCUUCACUGCCCAUCGGUGUUCGGCUAUAUACAUAUAUAAAUAUAGAACCAGAAAAAAAUAAAAAAAAUAAAGGUCAUGUUGAGAGAAUAAUAAUAAAAAAAAUCAAAAACGAGAAAAAGCUAUAAAAAAAAUCCACCACUGUUUUAUGAUUUAAUCAUCUUCGCCUUUUGACAGCUGUGCUGUAACACAAGUAGACGCUUGAACUAAUAAACGGAAAUCGGUAAUGUAUUCUCUUAACAUUUCAGUCUUUACAUAACAUUAUUCAAUGAAUGUUUUUGUGUACUGUAAAGAGUUUAGCUGUCUUAAGACUAGUGCAUGAGUAGUCGCCUCUCCCUUAUUUAUCAUGUAGAUCUUUAAACAGGUUGUAUAUUAUUCUUGUGAGUUGUGACAAAAAAAAUAAAAAAUUAAGUCCGGGGUGAAAACCGCUUUACAAAACGAUUGGGGAUGCAUUAUGUGUAUGUGAGGUUUUAUGCUGCUUCUUUUGCCUAGUACAUUUGUUUGACCACCUCCGCUAUGCAUUUUAAAGGAUAAAAUCGAAUUUUAUUUUUAUUGAAUUUUAAUUCCAUGCAAUUUUUUUUUAAUUCCUUUUUUUUUUUUUUAAAUAUUUUCUCUCUACUGUGUUAUUGUACAGAUUGUUCUGCCGUGUACGUGAUGUAGAAAAUUAUGGAAACACACACAUUUGGUUUUUUGUGCCUGUUUUAUGUGCACACUUUAGGAAUUGCAGACGUUUAAUUAAAAUCAAACAAAAAAAUAUAUAUUAUUAAUAUUUUUUCUUUUUCUUUUAUUUUUAUUUCUUCAUGUAACAUUUAAGCUUUAACCCCCUAUCCGUGCUGGACAGGCCUGUGACACAAUGUGUUUGCAGUACCCUCUAGUUGUUUUCGGGGUUUCAUGUGUCUCUGAUAAUUCAAAGCACUUUUUUUUUUAGACAAUUAAAAAAAAAAGUGCCCUGCUGGUCGAAAAUUAGCAGAGAUUCCUUUAUGACAACUUUCUGCUGGAUGAUUGUACAGAAUCAUUGCUUAUGAACUAAUAGCUUUCUACACUGUGUUACAUAAAUAAAUUUAAAAAAAAAUCUGA